GCUCGGCUCCUCACGUGUGAAGGAAUUAUUCCUCCUUAAUUGUCAAUCUAACAUGUAUAGAAAAAUAUCUCGUUAAAUCCGGUUCAAAUUUUCAUACGUGAGCAAGGAAGAACGACUCUUUGCGUGACUAACUAUUAAAUAUAGCCGUUGUGGAUACGCUAUCAUUGUUUUUCCUUAGACGACACCACCAACCAUUUUUGAAGGAAGAGUAAAAAUUGGAUCUCCUCCCUUUUCUUUGUCUCUUCGAUCAAGACAGACAGAUUUCACCAAAAACCCUUUUCGUUUUCGGGUUUUGAAGAUCAGAAUUGACCAAAAAAAGAGGCUAUGGAUUUUUGGAUUAUAGCAGCAGCAGCAACAGCAGCCACUGGGGCCGGUUACGUGGCGAAGUGUUAUUGGCACAAAUGGUUUUCCAGAGAGAGGGAAGGUGUAUCAGAUCAAUCAGUUCACGAUGGUGAGGAGCUGACUGAGUUUUCUGGGAAUUGGUUUCUGAUUUUGUUGUGGCAGAAAAAGCUGGGUUUCUUUUCCAUCAAAGACUAAAGAAAAGCAGAUAUCUUGGAGUUAAAUCAAAAGGGCUUUCUCUAAAAGCACUUAAUUCCACAGAAAACUGCUUAUUGGCUCAGGUGGUGUUGUAUGGGGAAAAUGCCACAGUGGAAGAGGAUGUGUAUAGCCCAUCAUGUGCAUCACCUUGUAUUUUGGCAAUGAGGCCAUUUUUGGUUAACCAUGGCAGCCAAGUCAAUGACGUGUGGUUGGAGAGUGAGGAAAAGGCGCGGUGGCGGCAGCGAAGGAGGAGGAGGAGAUGUAGCGGCUCAACUAAACCGGUGGCUGGCAGCCCAUUUGAUUCACUAGGUUCAAAAAAUGGACUGCUGCUUUUCUUUGUUGGAAUCACUAUUGGAGCAAUAUAUACUAUUAGUGGACGUAAUAGAGAAGUUGACAAGUUGAAUGAGUUGUUGAAGCAGACUCAGAAGUUGGUCCAAAGUUUACAUGAGGAGGAGGAGGGUUUUAAAUUCCAGGGAACUGAGAAGCAGAUCAUUACCUCCUUCGAUGUACGAGAAUCUGAGAGAUCGAACAUAUGUGUUGCGAAAAGGCUCGAUGAUCAGAUGGAGGACGGUGUCGAAGCAAUGAGAAAAAUUGAGGCAGAGCUCCUAGCUGAACUAGAGAUUUUGGAAGAGAACACUCACGAGGAAAUUAACAAUGGUGUGUCGCCUCAGGAGCUGAGUUUGCGCCUGUAUGAAGUGGUCGAGUCGAGGCUCGAAGCACGAAUCAUGGAACUCGAGGCAGCUCUUGAAGCCAGUGAAAGGAAGGUGCGUUUAAUGGAUUUGGUAUAUGUACGCAAUGAGGCUGAUUGAACUAGAACGAUGAACAGAGUGCUGCAUAUACGGUUGGAGAGCUGUUAUUGGUAUUCCACAAAAAUCGUCAAACAAUGUGCAGUAUGAUUAUUUUUUCUAGUGUUGCUAACGAUUCUUUGAGAUUUUAAGUUAGCGAGAAUUAGAAAAAGAUGCAAUGCAUGUAUAGUAGUCUAGGAAUUUCACUAAUUAUUUCGUCGUUGACGCUCUUUUA